AUGGUACAACCUUCAGGCUAUGAAGAUAAAGACCAUCAUAACUGUGUUUGUAAACUAAACAACUCCUUAUAUGGUUUGAAGCAAGCACCAAGGGCUUGGAAUGAAAAGCUUGCAUAUGCUCUUAUCUCUCCUGACUUCAAACCAUCUCUAGCUGGUCCUUCUUUAUUUGUUCAGAAAUUGGGGUCCAAGCUUACUAUCAUGCUUGUUUAUGUGGAUGACAUCAUUAUUACUAACAAUGAUGUUUCUCACUGCAAAAAACAUAUUCUUCAUUUGAGUACUCUUUUUCGUGUAAUAGACCUUGGAUCUCUACAUUUUUUUCUGGGAUUGCAGGUUACCAGAAAUGCCAAAGGUCUAUUUCUCUGCCAAACAAAGUAUUCUAUUGAUCUUCUUCUGAAAUGCAAUCUUGUUGGAAUCAAACCUUGCUCAUCUCCUUGUCCUGCAAACUUCAAACUUUCUGCUUCAGAUGGGGAUCUUCUAUCCAGUCUUACAGAAUACAGGUCUUUAGUUGGCUCAUCACAAUAUCUCACAUGGACAAGACCUGACAUCAUUUAUGCAGUCAAUCAAAUCUGUCAAUUUAUGCAUGAUCCAACUAUUGCCCAUCUUCAGGCUGCUAAGAGAGUUCUCAGGUACAUCAAAGGCACUCUUGGACAUGGUAUUGUAUUCUCCAAAGGAUUUAGCGCUUUACAAGGCUACACUGAUGCUGACUGGGAUGGUAACCCAGAUGAUAGAAGAUCAGUGAGUGGAUAUUGUAUCUUUUUUGGAGGAAAUCCAAUUUCUUGGUCAUCUAAGAAACAACCUACUGUGUCAAUAAGUAGUACAGAAGCAGAGUACAAGUCUCUUGCUUCUACUGUUGCAUAA